UUGAACAAAGUGUUGCCCCAACCAUACAUGCCACCCUGCAUCCAUAAUGACGUCACUCUACGGACAGAGUUCCCAUCAGCACCCAGACUCUGACCCACGCCCCCCGGUCAGCUGUGCGUUAUUAUGCUGAAUGGACCUUCCUUUCGCCGCCACGACCCGAUGCGACUCGUCGACCCGAGGCACCUCCCGCAACUGAUGUCCCUGGAGGACCAUGAGCCCACCAUGGUGGAGGGGACGCUGGGGCCCCGCAACUCCACGCCGGCAGGGGAGGAGGGGGCUCCGGGUCAGCAGCACCAGUCCUUCCCCUGGGUGGCGACCCUGCUGGCCGGCGUGCUCAUCACGACCAUCGUGGUGGAUGUUAUCGGGAACCUGCUGGUCAUCGUGUCCGUGUUCAGGAACAGGAAACUCAGGAAAGCAGGAAAUGCCUUUGUGGUCAGUCUGGCUCUUGCUGAUCUGGUAGUCGCCCUCUAUCCAUACCCGCUGGUGUUGACCGCCAUCUUCCAUGACGGCUGGAUCGCUGGUUACAUCCACUGUCAGAUCAGCGGCUUCCUCAUGGGCCUCAGCGUCAUCGGCUCCAUCUUCAACAUCACUGGAAUCGCCAUCAACCGCUACUGCUACAUCUGCCACAGCCUUAAAUACGACAAGCUCUUCUCCAACGGCAACACCAUGUGCUACGUCAUCCUCGUCUGGACGCUCACCAUCCUCGCCAUUGUGCCCAACUGGUUUGUGGAGUCGCUGCAGUAUGACCCGAGGGUGUACUCCUGCACCUUUGCCCAGUCGGUCAGCUCGCUCUACACCAUCACGGUGGUGGUGGUGCACUUCAUCCUGCCCAUCGGCAUCGUCACCUACUGCUACCUGCGCAUUUGGAUCCUCGUCAUCCAGGUGAGGCGGCGGGUCAAGCCGGACUCGAGGCCAAAGAUCAAGCCUCACGACCUACGCAACUUCCUCACCAUGUUUGUGGUGUUUGUGCUCUUUGCUGUCUGUUGGGCGCCGUUGAACUUCAUCGGCCUAGCGGUGGCGCUGGACUCAAGGCUAAGCCAAGCGAUACCAGAGUGGCUUUUUACAGCCAGCUACUUCAUGGCUUACUUCAACAGCUGCCUCAACGCCGUCGUCUACGGCGUCCUGAACCACAAUUUCAGGAAAGAGUACAAGAGGAUCGUCUUGAUCAUCUUCAAGUUUCAUUGCUGA